AUGUCGACUGAGAACGAGUACGACCGCGCAGACUUCGAUGUAUACGUCGCAGAACUGGCUGGUUCGUCUCACGACCGUGCUAUGCGCCCAGCUAUCGAGCAAAUGGUGCGUCAAUUCUUCCGCGCGACCAGUGGCACCAAAAUCGACGUCGAUGUCGCCAUGAGCUUCUUCAGCGACAACCCAACCGCCAUCGAAGCCCUUAAAGGACUUGGUGAAAUAUAUAUUGGAGCGGCUAUGUUAAAGAAAUGGAUUGAGAGCUGGGGCGAGGAGAGGGCGCAAACCGUCCAGAACAUAGUUGUUGUGGACAGAGGCCACGUCACUUGCCAUGUCGUCACCUUCAUUUUCGAUGACGAGAACCCCGAGAUCUUCAAUGAGUACCACGGCGUUAUCAUCAUGGAUUUGGACAAAGGCAACCGCAUCGAGCGUUACGAGUCCCGCGCUACCACCCGCGAAGCAAAGGAGCACAAGGGAGGAAUAAAGCGAUUCGAUGCUCUCGUCGAAGAGGCCGAGGAGGACGCCAUUACCGUUGACUGCUUGUCUUGA